AUGCGCACAUUUUGCUUCAUUUUACAGGAUUUGCACUCGUACGACUCGAAAGAGGAGACAGGGAUGGUGGGAUUGAAAAACCAGGGGGCUACAUGCUACUUGAACUCGCUGUUGCAGACGUUAUUUCACUUGCGAGCAUUUAGGCAGAUGGUGUAUGAGACGCCUACUGCUGAAGAAGACACGAAUAAUUCUGUGUCGUUGGCAUUACAGCGUGUAUUUCACCGGUUACAGAGUCAACAAAAGGUAGUGUCGACGAAGGAACUGACGCGCUCAUUCGGAUGGAGUGCGAUUGACUCGUUCAUGCAACAUGACGUGCAGGAGCUGUACCGAAUUUUGUGCGAUCGGUUAGAAGAAAAAAUGAAACACACGAGAGUGGACUCGGCAAUUCCGAAGCUUUUUGAAGGCAAAGUAAGGUCUUUUGUGCAAUGUGUGAAUGUGGACUUUCAGUCUUUUCGUGAUGAAAGCUUUUAUGACUUGCAACUGGAUGUCAAAGGUUGUAAGGAUUUAAUGCAGUCCUUUCGCAAGUAUGUGGAGGUAGAACUGUUGGACGGAGACAAUCAAUACGAAGCUGAGGGACAUGGAAAACAGGAUGCCAAGAAGGGCAUCGAGUUCGCCACUUUUCCGCCUGUUCUUAAUAUCCAGCUUAAGCGCUUUGAGUACGAUGCCAUGCGUGAUGGCAUGGUCAAGGUUCACGAUCGCUUCGAGUUUCCAAAAGUUCUUAUUCUCGAUGAAUUUAUCGCUCACAGUAGCGCAACAAAAGACACCAACGAGAAAUCUCCACGAUCACGCGCGUGGAUGAACGUAUAG